ACACCAACUACCCAUUUUGUGUGCACGUUUAACAUGAAACUCACAUACUUUUACAAUGUCAAUUGGUACAUUGACGGUAAUUACUUGACCACCACGGGUCCUUCGACUAAUUCAAUGGAACUGUCAUUAACUGAGACAACAAUAAUGAACGCAGUUGGUCCUGGGUUUAUGAUUAGAUGCGGUGUUCUAGUCUCAGUACUUAAGGAAAGCCAGAAAACCGACGAAGUUCCGGGUGAAGAGUUUUUUGCGGGAGUCAAAAUUGAAGAAAGAACAAUACAUUUACCAAAAGGAGGAAGUGGAGAAAUUGUCUUGAAAACAACGAUUCCAGUGGCUUGUCAAUAUUUGGAGAGACUACCUAUUCAUGAUCAGUGUCAAUUGACAUUAGAGAUGGGUAAAAUGAAAAUACCUGAAUGCACCGGAUACGUACAGGGCACCACGGACUGCAGCAAUUUUCUAACAUCGCUGACUGCAAAUGGAAUCUUUGAACCAGCAGAGAUACGGUUCCCAAUUGUAACUUUGGACAUUAAUUACAACGACAACAGCGUGUUUGACAUCGAUCUCAGAUUUGGGGCACACACAAGUGCGUUAUGGCAUAAUUAUGUUCUUCCGAGUGUCCGGGUCAUUGUCGAGGACACAGAGCAGCACAAGAGCAAAUGGUGUUACUCCCAUAUUGAUCCACAUAUGAAGACUACAGAUGGAAGAUAUUACGAACAACAAAGAAAUGCCGGGGUUUAUAUGAUGUACAUCAAUACGGAGUAUGAUAUUGAAGUACAGCAGAAAACUAAACUAUGCAACAACGAUCGUGCAACGUGCGCCUGUGGUGUUGCUGUUCGUGCAGGGAAGGACGUGUUCAUGAUUAACAGAUGCGGAUCAAUCCAUUACAUUGAUUUUGUCCAUUGUGGCGAAGGGGGGAUAUUGGACGUUCUAGAAAUAAACUCUGAAAAAUAUAGGGUCCUGACACCAAUUGGAACACGUAUUGAAAUUCGUCUUUAUGGCGGUAGCUAUAAAGGAACGAUGAAUAUAGACAUAUACAUGGCUCCUAAAGAUUUUAACAGCAUUGAAGGCCUAUGUGGAACAUUCGACAAUGAUGUCAAUAAUGAGUUUUUGGGCAGUAAUGGUCAGCAACUACCGAAUGCGAACGUCUUCGCUGAGUCAUGGAGAAUGGACAGUGGCACCCAAAAUACAGUUUUGAAAGAAAAGAACCUUUUUAUAAACCCAGAUCGAAGUUUGCAGUCAUGGAAAGAAAGAAAUCAUUUGUACUGCUUUUGUCAAAACCGAGCCGCCAAAUGUUCACCUUCUCAGUAUUACACGUGUUUAUUUUCAAACAACAUAACGCCAUUAAAAUGUCAUGUUUCCCAAGGAUACAGAAUGAAACGAGAAACAGAUACUCACAUGAAAGAGUUGCGGCGACUUUUUGAUUUGAUGAACUCUGUUGACCCACCUACGCACUAUUUGUACAAGCGUCAAGCAGAGGCUCAGAACAUUACUGCUGAAGAUGCACAUGAAGCCUGCACGGGCUUGAUAAACGGAAGUUUAGCGGUGCAGCGUUAUUCAGAUUUGUCGACGUCUGAAAAUUCCGAACAAGUGAUAAAUAACUGUGCGUAUGAUGUUGAGGUUGGUGGAACGUUAGUUUGGGCAAACGCACAUGUGGAGUCUUAUAAUGACUUGGUAAAGAAUAUGAUAGACUUACAACCGGAAUAUGCUGCUAACAACACUGAAAGGAUAAACGUUUUUAUGGCAAAUACUUGCCCAUCUAACUGCACAGGAAACGGAAAUUGCACACUCGUUGAUACUAGUGAGGAAGGCGUGUGCGUUUGCGAUACCUUUUACCAUGGAGCUGAUUGUUCGAUCGAUGAAAGGAAUCCAUUGAUAAUAGACGACAUUGAAACAGGGGGUGAAUGCGACACUGCUGAAAGGUCUGAUGACUGUCAAUGUUUUGCAAUAAGGAGUGGUGCCAUUCUGCGUUCCAUUCGAUGCACCGUAAAGACAUUCAAGAUAUUUAUUAAUGGGGAAGAAGAACUGGUUUCUGAAUAUCGUUCAAACGGUUCAUACGAAGAUAUAUUCACUGGGGCCUGUUGCUCCGAUCUUAACAAGUAUGAUGUCGAUGCCUUUGCAGUUAAGUACGAGGUUUCAGCAAGUAACGAUGGCAUUAGUUAUGGAAAUAUCAAAACAGUCUUUGUAUUUGAUUCGACAUGCCAAAGUACUGCUUACGACGGAAAUACAAACGGGACUGUCGUUUUAAAUACCACAAGCGGAUGCUUUAUCGAAAACACGUGUUAUUUUGAUGGUGAAAUAUCUCAGAUGAAUACUUGUCUGGGUUGCAACGCCUCUGUCAAUGCUACAGGCUGGUCUGAAGCCCCUUGUACCACAACUACGACAAACCCUACCACAACUGUAGAACCUAUGACAUCAACUGAAGAAUCUACGACAACUUAUGCGGAACCCACGACAAAUACUGCGGAACCUACGACAAAUACUGCGGAACCUACGAAAUUUACUGCAGAACCUACGAAAACUACUGCAGAGCUAUCGACAACUACAGCAGAGCAUAAUAUAAAUUCGUUAAUUGCUGUAGCUGCCGGUGUUCCUUCCGCUAUCAUCUUUGCCUUAGUCGUUUUGAUUGCUUUCGCUGUGUACUUUGCAAAGAGGAGGGUUCAACUGAAAAGAAGCAAAGAUAAAUGUUUUUCGAACAGAACGUAAGGUCAGUUCCCAUCUGGCGAAAGGAUUCACUGGAUACCAAGGGCCAAAAUGUACACUCCAUCCUCGUUUCAUUCAGCUUCCUUCAACGGGGAAUCAAGUUAUAACGGCUAUUCCACACAAGGCCGACCUAGUUAUCAUUACAGUCAUUGAAAUUGCACACGAAAUCAAGUUUUACAUGUGACUACUUAAAUGACUAACGAACCCCACUGAGUUGUGUUUCUGAUGGUUUCAUUAAAUGGAAAUGUGACAUGCAUGUACUAUUUUACCUUAUUUUCCAUGAAAUGCGCAAUGUUUGGCUUGGUGUAGAAUCAUUCUAUAUGUAUAGCUCAACAUAGACAAACGUGCUAUACUAUUAUAUAAAGAUACUAACUAACCCGUCUUUUGAGUCAAAUGUUAUAGAUUAUGUAAUCGACUAAUUGGUAAUUAUAUUAAAUUUUGAUGCCAUGUAAUCUUGG